AUGGCCACCAACCCCCUCACGGCCGAUGCUGGCCCCGGUGCGCGCUUCCUCUACAAGGUCAUCAAGAAUGAUGCCAUGAAAGAGGAUCCGCCGCAGAUCUACGGAUGGCGCACUUUUAUGAUGGCUUGCUCGGCAUGCUUCGGUGGUAUGCUGUUCGGUUUCGACAUCGGCACCAUCGGCGGUGUGUUGACGCUGCCUGCAUUCAUGGCAAAAUACGGACUCCCGUCCGACGACGCGCACAAGAAACAAAAUGCUGAUUUGUCUGCCAACAUCGCGUCGACUCUUCAGGCUGGAUGUUUCUUUGGAUGUUUCCUCUCUUCUUGGGUUGCAGACAAAUGGGGACGAAAGUUUGCUUUGAUAUUCAACGGUUUUAUCACUAUUAUUGGUUGCGUGAUUCAAUCUUGCAGUUUCGGAAGUAUCGCGUCCAUGUAUGUUGGUCGCUGCAUCGCUGGCGUCGGUGUCGGUGGAGCCUCGAUGGUUGUCCCACUCUACAUCGCCGAAAACGCACCACGCGCUAUCCGUGGCGGUCUUACGGGUAUCUACCAGCUCUUCAUCGCAUGCGGAACUAUGCUCGCGUUUUGGGUCAACUACGGGGCGAUCCUGCAUCUGAAAGGAGAAUCUACUUACAUUGUGCCACUCGCAAUGCAGGCCCUGCCUGCCGUUUUCCUGGUCGUUUGCAUGCUCCUGAAUAAAGAAUCGCCUCGAUGGCUUGCAAAAGCCGACCGCUGGGAGGAAUCAGUCAAAGUGCUCGCGCGCAUUCGGAACCUCCCGACCGAUCACCCGUAUGUGAGGGCCGAAUUAAAGGAUAUCAGCGAUCAGUUGGAGCACGAGCGUAUGCUCGUCGGAGGAGCGUCCCUCAAGGAUUUGCUCCGCGAGAUGUUCACGAUCCCUGGCAACAGAAAGCGCGCGCUGAUUUCCAUCGGUCUCAUGGUUUGCCAGCAGAUGACGGGUACCAACGCCAUCAACUACUACGCGCCACAGAUCUUCAAGAACCUUGGCCUCGUCGGAACUUCCACGAACCUCUUUGCGACGGGCAUCUACGGCGUUGUCAAAAUGACCACGUGUGCUGCUUUCCUCCUCUUCGCUGCUGACUCGCUUGGCCGAAGGAGGUCGCUGUUGUGGACAUCUAUUGCGCAGGGCUGCGCCAUGAUGUACAUUGGUCUAUACGUGCGCAUCAGCCCACCUCUUGCGGGUCAACCCGUGCCGCCUGCUGGAUACUUUGCGUUGGUGUGCAUCUUCCUGUUUGCAGGCUUCUUCCAGUGGGGCUGGGGCCCUGUGUGCUGGAUUUACGUGUCGGAAAUUCCGGCUGCGCGUUUGCGGUCACUCAACGUGGCCAUCGCAGCUGCGACGCAGUGGUUGUUCAACUUUGUUGUUGCGCGUGCUACGCCCAACAUGCUGGCUACUGUGGGUGCUCAUGGAUAUGGUGCCUUCCUCAUCUACUCCUGCUUCUGCUUUUCCAUGUUCUUUUUCGUCUGGUUCCUGAUCCCUGAGACCAAGGGUCUCUCGCUCGAGAAGAUGGAUGACUUGUUCGGCGUAACCGAGCUCGUGAAACGCAUCGAGGAAGAUCGUGAGGCGCACGCUGCCGCUGGAGAGAUAGGCCUUGACGGCAAGGAGGUCGUGCGCGAAGAGCGCAGGGAGAUCGCUGCUUAG